CGCUGCAGCAUUCACCUCACGGAAACACCGUCUGUCAAGUUCAACUAAUAUCCGAAGAGAACUAUGUGAAUUGUAAGAUACAGUUAGCCUUUUCUGUUUCAUUUGUGAAUAUUUUUGGGGAAAGUUUUCCAUGUAGAACCACUUGUACAUACCUCGCGGUUGCCUCAGAACUUUGAUGUGUGUACCUUCACAGAUAGUGUCUUGAGAUGACCCAAUGAUUUCCAGAUAUCAACGCACUGAUAUCACUGAUUCGUGACCAAAACGACCUAUGACGGCAACUGCAUUCAGUUAUGGUAUGCUGUGCUAUGGCUUUCUGCUUCUGCGACCGAAAGAGUUGGUAGGUACAGUGUGUAGCAGGUAGAGACUGCGUGUUAUCUGUUUAUAUGCUACGUAUGGCAUGAAAAGCACCCUCGCGCUGUCAUGGAUGAUAAAUCCAAUAAAUUGAUAUUAGUUCCAAUUUUAGCUGUUCUUUUUGUAAUGAUAGGAUAUCAGUAUAUUUGCCCAGCUGGCAGUAACUCUUGCCACUUUAGGGCUGUAGAGAAGUUGAGGGGGGUCAGUCCUCCGUCAACCCAGUAUCCGCAAAGCGAGGACUUUGAUCGGGACCAAGAGCUGGAAGACGAUGGCCCUCCUAAAUUUCAGUACAGAUUCAACUUCACCGAGCGGGACCUUACUCGACACGUGGACUUCGACAUCAAAGGAAACGACGUGAUUGUGUUUCUCCACAUUCAAAAGACCGGUGGAACCACGUUCGGAAGACACCUUGUCAGGAAUAUUCGUUUGGAGCAGCCGUGCGACUGCAAACCCGGUCAGAAGAAAUGCACGUGCCACCGGCCAGGUAAAGAGGAGUCCUGGCUCUUCUCGAGAUUCUCUACGGGCUGGAGCUGCGGUCUGCACGCGGACUGGACGGAGCUCACCAACUGCGUUCCGGUCAUCAUGGACAAGAAGGAGGCGCAGAGAAACCGAAGGAACUUCUACUACAUCACCAUGCUGCGGGACCCGGUGUCGCGCUACCUGAGCGAGUGGAAGCACGUGCAGCGGGGCGCCACCUGGAAGACGGCCCUGCACAUGUGCGACGGGCGCGCCCCCACCCAGGACGAGCUCCCCGCCUGCUACCACGGCGACGACUGGGCCGGCGUCACCCUGCUGGAGUUCAUGGACUGCCCCUCCAACCUGGCCAACAACCGGCAGGCGCGCAUGCUGGCCGACCUCAGCCUGGUGGGCUGCUACAACCUGUCGUCCAUGAACGAGAGCGAGCGCGCCCGCAUCCUGCUCAGCAGCGCCCGCGCCAACCUGCGCAACAUGGCCUUCUACGGCCUGACCGAGUUCCAGCGCAAGACGCAGUACCUGUUCGAGCGGACGUUCAACCUGCGCUUCAUCUCGGCCUUCACGCAGAUCAACAGCACGCGGGCGGCCAGCGUGGGCAUCGGCGAGGGGGUGCGGCAGCGCAUCCGCCAGCUCAACGGCCUGGACGAGCAGCUGUACCAGUACGCCAAGGACCUGUUCCUGCAGCGCGUGCAGGCGGCGCGCCAGAGCGAGCGCCGGCAGCAGAGAGAGCAGCGGCUGCAGAGGAGGGAGGAGCGCCGCUGGCUGAAGGAGAGGCACUCCCUCCUGGCCCAGCGCCGCCCGCAGGACCCCGCCCCCACCCAGGACUACGCCAGUCAGGUGGUGCGCUGGUGA